AUGGUUGCUCUGACCUUCCUUGCUAUGACUUUCUUCACUCAUUUACUACGAAGAGGUCCAUACCCACCGGGCCCGAAAGGCUUACCGGUGAUCGGAAACAUGCUGAUGAUGGACCAGUUAACUCACCACGGACUAGCCCGGCUGGCCAAUAAAUUCGGCGGUCUGCUCCACCUCAAAAUGGGCAGGAUACACAUGGUGGCCGUGUCCACCCCGGACAUGGCUCGAGAAGUCCUCCAAGUCCAAGACAACGCCUUCUCCAACCGCCCUGCGACCAUUGCCAUAACCUUUUUGACCUACGACCGAGCGGACAUGGCGUUCGCCCACUACGGCCCAUUCUGGCGCCAGAUGCGUAAGAUCUGUGCCGUGAAAUUGUUUAGUCCAAAACGGGCUGAGUCGUGGCAAUCGGUAAAUGAAGAGGUGGAGUGGUUGAUCGGGACCAUAUCGGCCAAGGUUGGUUCCUCGGUCAAUGUGGGCGAGUGGGCUCUUGCUUUGACACGAAACAUAACUUGUCGGGCUGCGUUCGGAUCCAUGUCACGCGAAGGCCAGAACGAGUUCACCAAGAUUUUACAGGAGUUUUCGAAGCUCUUUGGGGCUUUUAAUGUCGCGGAUUUUAUCCCGUGGUUGGGUUGGAUUCAUGGACGAGAAUUCAACGAGAGGCUCGUCAGUGCUCGAGAAUCGCUGGAUGGAUUCAUCGAUCAGAUUAUAGAUGAUCACAUGGCGAAGAAGAAUAGUAGUAGCAAACAUGACGACAGUUUAGAUGAUGCUGAAAUCGAUACAGAUAUGGUGGACGAGUUAAUGGCAUUUUACAAGGAAGAUGAUUCUGAAAGUCAAUCCAAAGACGAUUUACAGUCCUCCUCCACUAAGAUCACCAGGGACAACAUCAAAGCUCUAAUCAUGGAUGUGAUGUUCGGCGGGACCGAAACUGUGGCAUCGGCGAUCGAGUGGUGCAUGGCGGAGCUAAUGAAGAGCUGGGAGGAUCUAAAGAAGGUGCAACAAGAACUCUCAGAUGUGGUUGGCCUAAACCGCCGAGUCCACGACUCCGACCUCAAGAACCUCACGUACCUCAAAUGUGUCGUCAAAGAGACCCUCCGGCUCCACCCUCCAAUUCCGCUACUCCUCCACGAGACCGCCACGGACUGCACCGUGGCUGGGUACAAAAUCCCGGCCAAGUCACGUGUCAUGAUCAAUACAUGGGCCAUCGGCCGCGACAAAGCUGCAUGGGAUGAUCCUGACACGUUCAAGCCAUCUAGGUUUCUUAAUGGCGGUGCACCGGACUUUAAAGGAAGCGAUUUCGAGUUCUUACCGUUUGGGUCCGGACGUCGGUCGUGUCCGGCCAUGAAACUUGGACUGUAUGCACUGGAGCUCACAGUGGCACACCUUUGCCAUUGCUUUACAUGGGAGUUACCUGAUGGUAUGAAGCGUAGUGAGCUUGACAUGAAUGAUGUGUUUGGACUCACCGCCCCAAGGGCGAUUCAACUCGUCGCCGUACCGAGCCAUCGCCUGCAUUAUUGAACUGUUUUCUUUCUUCAUCUUUUUUUAACUAUCAAUAAAAUAUUAUGAAGUUAUGGUUUG